CAAUCUACAACUACGAUGCCGCGCAGGACGUGGAGCUCUCCCUGCAAGUUGGCGAUACUGUCCACAUUUUGGAGAUGUAUGAAGGUUGGUACCGAGGAUACACACUCCGAAAUAAGUCUAAGAAGGGUAUCUUCCCAGAAACAUACAUUCAUUUAAAAGAGGCCACUGUGGAGGACCGGGGACAGCAUGAAACAGUGAUUCCAGGUGAAUUGCCCCUUGGGCAAGAGCUCACUUCUACUUUGAGGGAGUGGGCAGUUAUCUGGCACAAGUUAUAUGUGGAUAACAAGACAACACAAUUUCGUCAUGUACAACAGAUGACUUACAGCCUGAUAGAAUGGAGGUCACAAAUCCUAUCCGGGACUCUUCCCAAAGAUGAGCUGGCAGAACUCAAGAAGAAAGUCACUGCCAAAAUUGACUACGGCAACAGGAUCCUGGGGUUGGAUCUGGUUGUCCGAGAUGACAAUGGAAAUAUCCUGGAUCCGGAUGAAACCAGCACAAUCUCGCUCUUCAAGUGCCAUGAAACUGCAUCAAAAAGGAUCGAUGAGAGAAUCCAGGAAGAGAAGUCCCUGCAACAGAAUUUGGACCUUCGAGGGCAGCCAGUAUUCAACACUACACAUACGUAUAGCCUGUACAUAAACUUCAAGAAUUUUGUCUGCAAUAUUGGAGAAGAUGCAGAACUGUUAAUGAGCCUCUAUGAUCCUGACCUCUCCAAAUUUAUCAGUGAAAAUUACCUGGUUCGUUGGGGCAGUAAUGGGAUGCCUAAAGAAAUUGAGAAACUAAAUAAUCUUCAAGCAGUCUUUACUGAUUUAAGCAGCUCCGACUUGAUCAGGCCGAAGAUCAGCUUGGUGUGUCAGAUCGUGAGGGUAGGGCAUAUGGAGCUGAAGGAUGGCAAGAAACACACCUGCGGCCUCCGGAGACCAUUCGGUGUGGCAGUGAUGGACAUAACUGAUAUCAUUCAUGGAAAGGUGGACGAUGAGGAAAAGCAGCAUUUUAUUCCAUUUCAGCAGAUUGCCAUGGAAACGUACAUCAGACAGCGCCAGCUCAUCAUGUCCCCCCUGAUCACCUCCCACGUGAUCGGAGAAAACGAGCCCCUCACCUCUGUCUUCAACAAAGUCAUCGCUGCGAAGGAAGUGAAUCAUAAAGGGCAAGGCCUUUGGGUUUCCCUGAAGCUGCUUCCUGGUGACCUGGUGCAGGUUCAAAAGGAUUUUUCCCACCUUGUAGACAGAUCAACGGCCGUGGCUCGCAAAAUGGGCUUCCCUGAGAUCAUUCUUCCUGGUGAUGUUCGAAAUGAUAUCUAUGUCACCCUGGUACAAGGGGAGUUUGACAAAGGGAAGAAGAAGACUCCCAAGAAUGUAGAAGUCACCAUGUCUGUGCAUGAUGAAGAUGGCAAUCUGCAAGAGAAAGCUAUCCAUCCUGGUGCUGGGGAUGAAGGUGUCUCUGAGUAUAAAUCUGUUGUUUAUUAUCAAGUCAAGCAGCCUUGCUGGUAUGAAACUGUAAAGGUGUCCAUUGCCAUAGAGGAGGUCAGUCGUUGCCAUUUAAGAUUCACUUUCCGUCAUCGGUCAUCUCAGGAGUCUAGGGAUAAGUCUGAGAGAGCUUUUGGCAUGAGCUUUGUGAAGCUGAUGAACGCAGAUGGCACAACCUUGCAGGACGGCAAGCACAACUUGAUUGUUUAUAAGGGCGAUAACAAGAAAAUGGAAGAUGCUAAAUGCUAUUUAACUCUCCCUUGUACAAAAAUGGAAGUGGAGGAGAAGGAGAUCUCCUCAGGAAAAAAUCUGCACCACCUAGCCACCUUCACCCCCACAAAGGACAGUACAAAGGACAGUUUCCAGAUUGCCACUCUGAUCUGCUCCACUAAGCUCACCCAGAAUG